UCUAUGGUCGUGGUGUACUGUCAUAUCUUUGUUUACAAAUUUUGAAUACUCAAAUCAAAAUAUUACUUGAAUCUUGAUCUAAUUUUACAUUAGUCAGUUAAUAAUUUCAUUCGAUUAUAAAAAUGAAUAUGAAUGUUGGUAUGGCUAUGCCUCCUCAUCCCCAAGUUCUAGCUGCACAAGUCCAACAGCAACAACAGCAGCAGCAGCAACAGCAAGUGCAGCAGCAACAACAAGCACAACAGGCCUCCCAACAGAUGUUAGAUAAUAUGUCGAAUAUAUCUAAAAUUAAGGCUUUAAUUGGACCUCUUCGUGAAUCGUUAACGAACACGAUCAAAACAGCUGCACAAACUCUCAAUACUAACAGUCAAGUGGAUGCUGGGAAUUUGAAAGGGGUAGAGGUACAAGCACCUCGAUUCGACAAGAAUCUAGAAGAAUUCUAUUCUAUAUGUGAUCAAAUUGAACUACAUUUGAAAACAUCCAUAAAGUGUUUGAGCCAAGCAGAGAGCAGUAAUCGCUAUCUCAAUUUGACAGUUGCAGUAGGUCCUACUAGAAACGAAAACAUGAAUAUAAAUGAAAGCACGUUGAGUUAUUCUCAGUUUUUGGCAACGGCCGGUUCUCAAGUAUCAUUCACUAAAGAAAUUCACGACACACUUGUGGCUGCAGCUCAAAAUAUAUGUCCAUCAGACUGAAUACAAAGUUAAGAUAAGAAUAAUGUUUUAUUACGAACAUUCAUUUACAUAUUUUCUAAAACAUAUAUUCCUGCAAAUUAUUCAAGUUCAUGUAUGUACAAUAUUUAACUAUCCUAAAAUAUAUGUCUCUUUUAUUUAUA